AUGGAGGAAGAUCAGAUCAGCUCGAGUUCGGACGAAUUCGAUUUUGCCGCUUUGGAUGAUGAACUUACAUCGAUUUCCGACGGAUUACGCCGCGAAACGAACGAAUCCAGUGGAGAAGACAGUGAUGCAGUAAGAGGUGUGAGACGACGGAAAAUUAGAAUUAUAGAGAGCGACAGUGAAGUUGAGAGUGAUGUUGAAAGAGAAGUUGAAAGUGAAACUGUGGAAGGUGCAAGCAGUUCAACAUGGGUACUUUGCGGAGACUACGACGAAGUGCCGCCAAACACGCUAUCUGCAAAUUCGAUUUGGCGAAGCUGGCGUGAUGUGACCAACGAAGAGUUCUGGGCAUUUCUUGUUGUCGUAAUCAAUAUGGGGACGAUGCCGUUGGCCAAUUUGCAAGAAUAUUGGUCGAGGAAUGUCGUCAGUUAUAUUCCUUUCUAUUCGGAUACAUUUACAAGAGACAGAUUUAGCCAAAUCUUCUGGAUGCUUCAUCUGGAAACUAUUCCAACACGCAACACCAAUCCACGAACGCGCCUACAACGCGUAAGCUGCUUUUUGGACUAUGUCAACUCGAAGUUUUUGGAUUAUUUUAUCCCGGGCGAGCACAUAUGUGUGGACGAGUCAACUAUAAAAUUCAAGGGUCGAAUUUCGUUCAUAACAUACAAUCCGAAGAAACCGACAAAAUGGGAUAUCAGAGUUUAUGCUCUAGCUGACUCAAAGACUGGCUACAUUUGCUGCAUUUUGCCAUAUUAUGGAUCACUCACCACAGAGCUCUUGGUCAGACCCGAUUUACCAGUUUUAUCAAGAAUUCCGAUACACUUAUAUCAAAUGUUGUUGGAGAAAAUUCCAGGUGCUCAGGGGCACCAUAUGUACACGGACCGCUACUAUACUAGUUAUUUCUUAGCUCAAGAACUAGCCAAAUUGAAAUGUAAUCUUACCGGAACAAUUUUAACGAACAGGAAAGAAUUGCCCAAGGAAAUAAAAAAGCCAAAUUUUUCGACAAAAUCCACGGUCGCGUAUCGACGGGGCAACACCUUAGUUUUAGGGUGGAAAAAUAAGAGGGUUGUCACUUGUUUGACUACGAGGGGUGACACAGGAAUGACGACGGUCAAAAGAAUUACACGAGGUGGUGUGGAUAUAAUGGUCAAGAAACCCAAUAUUGUAUUGAACUAUAUAAAAUAUAUGGGUGGUGUUGAUCGGGCGGACCAAUAUGCGUCAACCUAUUGUUUUCUGCGAAAAUCGCUUAAAUGGCUACUUGUAAAGUGUUCGCCGAAUUUGGCCGAAAUCGUCUCGAGUUGCUGGUUCGCGCAAGCGAAAAAGGCCUCGAGUGCAAAGGGUUAA